AGCAUUGAAUAUCUCAGUAGCUCAGGGACGAACUCGGCACCCUUUGCUAGAGUUACACCGUUACUUCCGCCAAUGGCUGAAGCUUCCUGCAGCUCUUUUCCCUUCGCAAGAAAGCCAUAUGGGGAUCUCCAGGAUGAGAUGAUCUCCCAACAGCAGUACAGGUCCUCAGACACACUCCUCAUAUCAAGCGAUGGCACUGUUCACUCAAGCUUACAUGGCAUGGAGGGGCCCUCACUGAAUCACCAGCAACCAAGGAGAAGUGGAUAUUUUCAGGUGGUGAAACCAAAGAAAUCCUUUGUCUGCUCAUACUGCAGCAAGGUGUUCGAACGUGUCGGACAUCUUGAAAGACAUUUACGAAUUCAUACAGGUGAGAAGCCAUAUGGUUGCCAUAUUUGCGGGAGGUGCUUCAAUCAAAAAAGUAGCCUCAAAGGGCACAUGAAGACGCACAUAAACGGAGAGAGCAAAGCACUUCUGGAAGCCCACCACCUGGUCUACAAGAUGCAUGAGGAGCAGCAGUCAGCGAACCCGAUAGUCUGCAAAACUGAGCUGCCAACUUUAGAGGAGCAGCGGCCUGGCUCUGGAUACAGCGAAAGAGGUAUUGAGCAAGUGUUGAUAGUAAAGGUGGAGCCAGAGGGUGAGGGCUUUCGCACCCUAAACCAGUCAGUGGAUGAACACGGUACAGGAACUUUAGACCAAAACCAGCUGUGGACAUUGGAGAUGGAGACGAGUGAUGAUACUGCAUCUCCCAUACCUGGAUGCUCUAAUGCCUCCACAAAUGCUGCUGAUGGAGUUUCUCGCAGUGUGGAAUAUCACCUUAGUCCUGUUUGCCGAGAGGAAACACAUCAUCUGGCAAAGGAGCGUCUCUCAUAGACAAAGUGGAUGGCAAAAAAAGGAUACAGGACUCUCAUUACGCAACCAAAGGCAUGACAUUUAGGAGCCUAGACAUAACAUUGAUGCCAGACUUAAGGUAACUGCCAACUAUAGGAGAGAUGACAGUUAAUGAAUACAGCUCCAUAACCAACAGCACCCAUGAUUGAAGUUUAUUUGAAUUCAGCAUGACUACCAGCAAUGUAGACACAUCUAAGCAGAACUGCCUUAUAUGCUCAUGUUGUGGGAAAAGCUUUUACAGUUUUUCCCAGUUUGAGAGAGACUGAUGCAGUUGUACUGGUGUGUAGUCCUUCAGCUGUGAAAUACGUGAUAAGAUCACAGAAAGUUGAAUCAGUUUAUCCAGACACAACUUUUAUUGAGAGAGAAACAUUUCAUCACUCAAGUGACCUCUUCUCAAGUGACCUCAACUGACUGCAAGUAUCCCCACCCUUAUAAUAUAAUAUAAGCAUCCUGAAACCGCACCCUGAACUCCAUCUAGAGUAAUGCAGCGUUUUCCAACUCUGGCUCUCAGGACUAACAGUAAUGCUAGUUUUCUAUUCUGCCAGGUAGUUAAAUACAUUCGCCUGUUGUGCCAGGUCUAAAUUUUGGGGUAUAAAUUCACAGCAAGAUGGGAUUUUAACAAUAUAAAGUAUAUAUCAAAUUUGGAGGAAUGAAUGCCUGUGCAGCUGUGUAGUGAACAAAAGCUGGAUAUCUUUCAGUGUUAAGCCUUUUUUUAAUUGUAAACAAAUUAAAAAAUAUUC